AUGAAUAAGGGAAUACAAAGCGGAGAAACAGUCAAAUAUAAUGGAAUUUACAAUACAAUGGCCCGUAUUACUAAUGAAGAAGGUUUUUUUUAAUUAUGGAGAGGAAAUAUGAUAAAUGUAAUAAGGUAUACACCCACCUAGGCCUUAAAUAUGGCUUUAUUAGAAUUAAAUAAUAGUCUAUUCUUCUUUGCAAACGAAGAGACUAAUAAAAAAAAUAGUAAUUUUUUAAUGCUUUUUAAAAAUGUACUUUCUGGAGGUUUAGCAGGAGGAUAGGCCUAAUUAAUUUUAUACCCUUUCGAUUUUGCAAGAACUAGAAUUGGGGCUGAUAUUGGUAAUGAAAAAAUAAGAUAAUUUAAUGGAUUAAGAGACUUUUCUAGAUAGAUAUAUAAAAAAGAAGGUAUUUUGGGAUUUUAUAAGGGGUUUUUAAUUUCUUUUGGGUGUACUUUUGUUUAUAGAGCUAUUUAUUUUGGAAUGUAUAAUACUGCGAAAAAACUUUAUUUAUAAAAAAGUGGAGUCUUUAAAAAAUUUGUUUUUGCAUAAAAUAUUACCAUUUUUGCAAGUUUAAUUGCUUAUCCUUUAGAUACUGUUAGAAGAAGACUUAUGAUGUAAUCAGGGAGGGAUAAUAUUAUUUAUAGGAAUUCCUUUGAUUGUUUUAGUAAAAUAUAUAAAGAAGAAGGAGGCGUUUAGGCACUUUAUAAAGGUGGCUUGUCGAAUGUUUUUAGAAGUUUAGGAGGGGCUUUUGUAUUAGUUAUUUAUGAUGAGUUGAAAGAUCUUUCGAGAAAUAAAAGAAGUUGA